AUGAACAGUCAACCAAAAAAUGCUCGUUCUAAAAGAGCUUUGAAAAAUAAAGAAGCAAAACUUGUUGAAAAUACCAAACAAGCUUUAUUUGUUCCAGGUGCUACUAGUAAUAAAUUAUUACAUGAUGCUAUGGUUGAUUUAAGUGCCUUGAAGAAACCAGAUAUCAAACGUUUCACUAAAAAAAAUGAAGUUAGACCUUUUGAAGAUGUUUCAAAAUUAGAAUUUUUCUCUGAAAAGAACGAUGCUUCAUUAAUAGUGUUUUCAAGUUCAAGUAAAAAAAGAAAGAAUAACUUAACUUUUGUUAGAACUUUUGGAUAUAAAAUGUAUGAUAUGAUUGAACUUCUAAUAUCGGAUAAUUAUAAAUUAUUACAAGACUUCAGAAAAUCAACUUUUGCUAUUGGUUUAAAACCAAUGUUUACAUUUAAUGGUGCUGUUUUCGAUACACAUCCAGUUUACAAACAAAUAAAAUCAUUGUUCUUAGAUUUCUUCAGAGGUCAAACCACAGAUUUACAAGAUGUUGCCGGUUUGCAACAUAUGAUUUCAAUAACCGCUGCUGAUUUCCAAGAAGGUGAACCAUUACCUCAAGUCAAUUUCAGAGUUUAUCUUUUAAAGACAUAUAAGAGUGGACAAAAAAUUCCAAGAGUAGAAUUGAAUGAAAUUGGCCCAAGAUUAGAUUUUGCUAUUGGUAGAUUUGAACAUGCUUCACCAGAUAUUGAAAAAGAAGCUAUGAAGAGACCAAAACAAUUAGAAGCUAAAGUUAGAAAGAAUGUCGAAGUUGAUAUCAUGGGUGAUAAGAUUGGUAGAAUCCAUGUUGGUAAACAAGAAUUAAACAAUUUACAAACUAGAAAAAUGAAAGGUUUGAAAAAGAGAUAUGAUCAAGUUGGUGAUGACUUUGAUGAUCCAGUCUAUGACGAUGAACCAGCUAAUGAACCAGUCGCCAAAAAGGUUAAAAUCUAA